AUGAGUGACGAAGAAAGAUCCUCCAAAGACAGCCUCCCACGCAAACGAUCAAAAGUGUCUAGGGCCUGUGAUGCCUGUCGACGUAAGAAGAUCCGUUGUGAUGCUGAGUUUCUGCAAACCCUCCAAAAAGUGACAAAAAUAUGUACCAACUGUGUGAAAAAUGCCGAAACAUGUACCUUCUCGAGGAUUCCUUUGAAGCGUGGACCUUCUAAGGGAUACAUUCGUGAUUUAGUUGAUAAGAUGGACGACCAGACGGCUGGGUAUCCGAGCACCCAUCAUACAUCAGUUCUAAAGCUUCAAGGCAGACCUCGUCUGAAGUCUGUUGAUACCUCCAAGCCUGAGUCCAAUGCCCAAGGUAUCCCUACAGGUUCUCCUCCAAAUGCACAUUCCGACCAAAGGUCAGGCUCCGUUUCAUCCGUCUCCUCAUCACUGCUGGUUCCUACGAAACCCCUUUUGCAUCGUCUGACUUUCUCCAACGGAAAAUCUUCCUCGUCCCCAAUUAUACUACCGCCACUCCUCGGCCCACAACCUUCCAAACAGCCAGUUAAACUUUCGGUGCCCGUACUGAAGGUUCCCUCUGGAACUUCUGUGCCUUUGAGUCCACAUGGUGGCCCUGGUAUGGAGACGAAGGACCCUAAAAUUCGGGGGCCUUUGUGGACCGUGCCUUAUGAAAUGCCAAAUUCAAAUUCCCACGGUCUGGACGGCUCUGCAUCAAACCUGAGGAACGGACUGGCGUCUAAUCUGAGACGCUCUUCCGUUGACUCAGUCAGCUCAAUUCUGACUUCCGGGUCGAGAUCUCGCUUUUCUUCCCUCAAGUCGACUGGAAAUUCCGAUAUGGCCAUGUCUGAUUCCGAUGAUGACUAUUAUUCCUCGCGGUCCAGAGCAUAUUCUGCCAGCCUCUCACCACGGAAUUCUGUCUCGUCGCUACUGUCAUUAAAUGGGAAGAUGAAUAGGCUGCUUGAUCUCAACAACACUCACCCACCUCAGCCAUCUCAUUUCCAGCAUUCCCCACAACCCUUGCACUUCAACAAUAAUGGGCAUCAAAGACCACCAGAGAAUAAUCCGGUUGCACUCCCGUUCCAUUCCUUGGAACAUAAUAUUAAUAUGUACUAUACCAAGUACCACGCCAAUUUUUCGGUACUUCCUUUCUCCCAGCCACUCAUAGUGAAGAUUGUCCAUACGUUGAUUAACGAUCCAUCUGCGCAUACAUCUAUGGUUGUUGAACUUUUCAGAACUGCCCUUAAUAACUUGUUAUACUAUCAGCAUGUUCCAUUAAGUAACCUGAUUGCCUUGCUCAGAAGCGUCAUGUCCAUCUAUCCUUUCAACCACAAUGGGAUUAUGGUUAAUGAUGAUCUCCUUAUCGUGUUCUUCUCGACGUUGGUUCUCAUUAACUAUACGAUAUUGAUAAACGGCGACGUUUAUUCGUUGGGCAUUGCAAUGACAGCCUCAGUUUUUAACGAUUUCAAGCUCCUCGAAAACUUUGCCACGCUUGUUAGGGAUCCAGCUUCCACUCGCCUCAGUCCAGAUGAUGUUCAGCUUUACUUGCCAAGACUCUACAUGUGCUUGUACAUGAUUGACAACACCUACAGUUUAAGUUUUGGCUCACUGCUGAUUCUCCCAUCGAACUAUGAUUUAUUCAUACGGAAUAUUGCCAUGUUGAUGCCAUCAGAGGCUUCUCAACUGCCAUUCUACUAUAAUGUGCAAGCAUCCAUGGUGAUCAAUGAUCUAGUUAUGCUGAGGGCAGAUUCUGUCUUGUCUUCUUCACCGAAGCCAAGGUAUAGGGAGUCUUGGUCGGUUAAAACAUCACCAAAUAACCCCACCAAUUCUAUGGUCCCUAACUUUGCGUCCCUUUUUGUGUCUUUAAUCAAAGACAAAUACGAGCUUUAUGAUAAUUUACAAGAAGUGAUGAAGUUUUUUGAAGCACACCCGCCGGCGGGUAGUCCUCAUCAUGCGGAUGACAGUCUCCAUGAUGCGCUUUAUGAUCAUCAACUCAAGAUAAGCCGUCUACUCAAGAAACUUACUCAGUCACUUCUUAACUUCGACAACUAUAUUUCCACAAUCUAUUCAAACAACAAGUCUAUCACAAGUGCUGGUGACCUUAUUGGGCCAUUCUUUAACCUCAGCUAUGGGCAGUCCUUCAAACUUAUCAAAGCUUGUAAGCUUCUCGUGGACCCAUUGAUGAGAUAUGCAACUGACAGUGAGCUUUACACUAGGUCAGUCAAGAUAAUGAGUGACCUUUCCAUUGCGUAUAACUUACUCGUCAGUAACGUGAACAAUAACCUCAAUGCGAUUACUAACGCGAGAACUACUUUGAGCAGCCCUAAUAAGUAUCCAAACUUGAGUCCAUCGUCGCCAGCUAACGAGCCUGUCAAUGUCAGCGGCUUGGGACUGACGUCGAUCACCCUCAUUCUCAGCAAGAUCGACCACCAUAAGCUACAGUUCAAUAGUGUUUCAGGACCCCCAGCAGGAGAUUCUCUUACCUCCAGGGUUGGUAACUUCGAUGCCUGGAGACGCGAGGUCUCGGAGACCAUCACUACCUUCAUUCAAAGAGAAGAUUUGGAUGGAUGGUUCUGA